AUGAAAUCAGUUGUGCUCUUAGCGUUGUUGUGCUGCGUGGCGUUGAAUGGUGUUUCUGGACUUAGCUUAAUUGGACGAACGCAAAGUGCAGGAGUGAAAGGCAUUUUGAUGUGUAACAAUAAACCAGCAAGUAAAGUCAAAGUGAAACUGUACGAUGAUGACAGAGGAAUCGACACGGAUGAUUUGCUAGCUCAAGGGAAAACAGAUUCAAGGGGAUAUUUUGAGCUUCAAGGAUACACAAAAGAGAUCACAACAAUUGAUCCUAAAGUGAACAUUUACCACGAUUGCGAUGACUAUCUGGUAAGGAUUGGUUCUGUUAAUGCUUAUUGA